CUUCCCCGCCUGAGGGGCGUGGGCUGUGCGGACGGAGCGUUAAUUAAAUAAAUUAAAUAAUCGCUAAUUAGCGACAGCAGCCCCUCAGCCCCUGCCUGCUCCGCUCACCCCGUUCCAUGCCCGAUGCCAAGCCCCGGGACCGCCGCGGUUCCUGAGGAGCGGCCCCGGGUGGCGGCCCCGGGCGGGCGCCCUUUGCCCGCUCCGGCGGGGCCAUAAAGCAGGGAGCAGCCGGGCAGAGGCCGUGGGGCGGCCGAUAAGGGGCCGUGGCCUUGUCCCCGCGCCACGCCUGGGCCACACGGAGCCUUAGUCAGCUGUGUCCCCUCCCUGUGCUGGGACUCACCGAGGGGAGGCGGGCUGGGGCUGUGCCGGUGCCCCUCGCUGCAGGGGGAUGAAGGUUCGGCACGGGGGAAUCACAAAGGAGGAGGAAGAGGAGGAAGGUGAAGGCCGGGCUUGUUGUCCACCGCGCUCCCUGUGCUCAGAGAGGGCUGAGAGGACAAGCGAUGGCAUCUCCCUCAGCCAUGGCCUCCAGCACGGGCAGCCUCGAGAGCCUGGACCUGCUGGAUCUCCUCUUCGACCUCCAGGACGGGAUCCUGCGCGAGGUGGAGCUGGGGACGCCGCCGGGCGCCUGGCCCCAGGACAGGCGUGCCCCGGACAGCAAGGACUUGCUGAGCUCCGUGCUGGGCUCCGGGGACUCGGUGUCGGACUCGCCCAGCUGGUCCCCGGCCACCAGUGACAGCGGGGUGUCCGAGGACCCCCCCUCUGACCAGCACGACAGCCCCCCCCGGAGCUGUGACGGGGGUCCCCGAGAGGUCCUGUACCCCUACACCGAGCCCUGCCGGGCCCAGCCCCUCCCGGCGGGGGCUGGGGUCCUGCAGCCCGAGGUCUCCAUCGACCUGGACAUGUGGCACCCUGGGUUCUUCCUGGAGGAGAGCCAGGACCUGCCCGCGGUCCCCCCGCCCGCAUCCUGUGCCCUCACCGUCAAGGACCUGCUGCUCUCGGGCAGCUCUGACAACCAGCCACAGGCUCCUGGCUCCCUGCUCCGGCCGAGCCAGGGCCACUUCCAGGAGCUGGUGCUGACGGAAGAUGAGAAGAAGCUGCUGUUGAAGGAGGGGGUGACCCUGCCCACGCAGCUGCCCCUCACCAAGUACGAGGAGCGGGUGCUGAAGAAGAUCCGGAGGAAGAUCCGCAACAAGCAGUCGGCUCAGGAGAGCCGCAAGAAGAAGAAGGAAUACAUCGAUGGGCUGGAGAGCAGGAUGUCGGCGUGCACGGCUCAGAACCAGGAGCUGCAGAGGAAAGUCCUGCACCUGGAGAAGCAGAACUCAUCCCUCCUGGAGCAGCUGAAGAAGCUCCAGGCCAUGGUGGUUCAGUCGAGCAACAAGGCAGCACAGACAGGGACCUGCCUGGCGGUCCUGCUGCUCUCCUUCACCCUCAUUGUCUUCCCCUCCAUCAGCCCCUUCGCCCCCAGCAAGGCCGAGGCAAACGGCGACUUCAGGCCCGUGCGAGUUUUCUCCAGGUCCCUGCACAACGCCGCCGCCUCCCGCGUGGUUCACACCCAGCCCCAGGCCGGGGAGGAGAAGCCCCCGGAGCCGCUGUGGUCGGAGCCCCUGCAGGAGACCCCCGAGACCCUGCACGAGGCUUUCCAGGGCACAUUCCCAGCACUUCCAGACAAAGGCACCCUCCAGAACGACACACGGGCAUCGGCCACCGAGGGGCUGAGCCAUGAGGACGGCGACCACGGCGAUGCUGUGCCAGGGGAUGGCUCCGUGCCACACCCGGGGCUGGCAUCCCUGGCAUGGUCCAAGCCUGGGCACGGCCGGCCCGCGGUGCUGGAGCCGGUGGAGGAGCUUUAGGCACAGCAGGGAGCACGGGGGUGCCAUGGGGUGACAGCACCUCACCCCCUACAGGACACGCCCUCGGGGGACCCCUCCGGGAUCUGCCUCCGGAUGCUGGACCUGCUUGGCUUUGCUUGGAUUCUGUGAACUGGGAAGAGGAGAACGGUUCCCACUGGCCUUACUGGGAGGAAGGGGCUGCUCCUGCCCCCCUGGCACAGUGGGAGUUGUGGAAAGGACCUGAGGUCACUCAGGAUGGGGCUGAGGAAGCAGGAGGAGCCCUGGCCUGGUUGGCUACUGAUGGUGCAACUGGUUGGUUUUGCUCUUUGUUUUGUUUUCGGUUUUGGUUUUAGAAUUUUAUUUUCAUCUCUAAAUAUAAGAUAUUUUGGAAAAAAUA